GGUUUGUGAUCAAAGGGGCGUGGCUUAAGAGCAAAGGGGCGGGGUUUAGCAGCAAGAGGCGUGGCUUCAGAGCAAAGGGGCGUGGUUUACAGAGAAGGGGCGUGGCUUAAGAGCAAAGGGGCGGGGUUUAUCAGCAAGGGGCGUGGUUUAAGAUAAAAGGGUGGAGUUUAGCGGCAAGGGGUGUGGCUCAUUAGCAUAUGGAUGAGGAGGGCGGGGCCUUCCUGGUGGGCGUGGCCACCGCCAGCGGCCUCCCCCUGUUCUGCCGCCCGCCCCGCCCACAGGUGCCGUUCCCAUUGGUCGGGGCCCUGCACGGGGUUCACCUGUUCGGGGCGGCGGCGGGGGCGGAGCUUCGGCAGGCGGCCACGCCCACCGCACACCUGGGCUGGGCUGGAUACGGAGACAGCCUGACCCUGAUUGGGCUCAGCCCCGGCCCCGCCCCCGCCCGGAUCCUCGACUCCGCCUUCGGCGCCAUGUUUCAGGUGCUGCUGCUGGGCCGGGAGCAGCUGCUGCCGGUGCGGAACGAGGAGAGGCUGAAACGGGAACUGAGGGGCUGUUUCCCGCUCUUGGAUUCGCUGCUGAGCCCCGGGGGGGGCUGGGGGAUGGGCGCCCCCUGCUGGCCCCUCCCCCCCGGCCCCGCCCGCGACGCGCUGCAGGAGCGGCUGCGCCGUUUCGCGGGGGCUGCCGGGACCGACCUGGGCUGUGUGGUGUGGGGAGGGGGCGUGGCCUGGCUAAGCACCGCCCCCUGGGGGGCGUUACCCGAGGCUGACUCCGCCCCCCUGCGCGCGCUGCUGGCGCCGCCGCCGCCAGAGGGCGCCCUCCGAGGGGGCGUGGCCGCGCGCGACCUGCCGGUGUUCCUGCCCAAUAGCAGCCCGGAGGUCCCUCUGCGGCUGCUGCAGCUGCGGCUCCUGCCCGGGGUGGGGGUGGGGCUGCUCUGCGGGCCCCGCCCAUCGCUGCAGCUCCUGCUGACACAGCUCGUGCCCCAAUUUUGGGGUCCCGUCCUGGAGCAGCUCCGGGCCCGGCCCCGCCCCCCCCCGCUGCCCCCCCAAGUUUUGGGGUACCUCCUGAUCCAUCGGGGCCGGAGGCAGAGCGGGAUCCUCAAAGGGGCGGGACCGGGCGGGGCACUGCCCCCCCCGCUCAGAGCCGCGGCCCUGCGGCGCCUCCUGCGCCUCCUGGAACCCCAAAUCUGCCCCAAAUCGGGGGGCAGAGAUUUUUGGGGUGCCCCCAGGACCCCACGGGCGCCCCAAACUCUGUUACCUGGCGCUGCCCACCCACACCGGCUGCUGCCUCCUGCGCCCCGAGCUGACUCUGCUGCUGCUGCUGCCCCCCGGGACCCCCCGAGACCCCCUGAGCCCCACGGCUCUGAGCGCCCUGAGCGCCCUGGGGCACGGGUGACACCCCCGGAAUAAAAAUAUAAAAUUAAAUUGUUCGGCGGUUGGGGGAAAAAUAAUAAAAUAGUAAUAAUAAAAUUA